AUGAUCAGCCUGGCUCAUGGUAGCAAUGUCAAUUAUUCUUCAGUGGCACAUUAUUAGGAAACAAUAGUAAUACAAACAUAAUUCCCCCAACAGCAUGUUUUCUCCGUUUUCGUUUAACGGAAGAUUCUCUAAAGGUCCGGAUCUCCUUAGAAACAAAGUGCAACGCUUCUCAGAGGAUGAAAGGCAUGAGAGAGGACCAUGAAGGUAUCUUUGUAGACAGCACGCGUAGAAAUCAUUUCUGUCUAUUUUCAACCAAGUGGGAGAAACGUGGGAGGCGCGCAAGAGCGAGCAAAAAAUAGGGACGGGUAGAGAAAUAAAACGGCGGCCGCUGAGCUUCUGUCCCAGGAAUAGACAACCUAAUAUAUUAUGCCCAAUAAAUGUCCGCCCCGGAGAGGAAUGGGCACACCUGGAAUUGACUAAGCCUCAAGUCUCAAAGAGAAUAUAAUUGUAACCAGAGCUUGUUUUUGCAGAGCCUUCUAUAGAAAUUGACAACAACCAAACAAAAAAGUCUUAUCACGACGAGCAGCUGGUUUCAGAAACGUCCCUUAGUAGUGACUGUGAAAUGAAAGCUGAAGCUGCAUCAGGAAAUCCGACUAAGAUAUCCACGAAUACAGACUCUCAGUCUCAUAAUAGCCGUAAGCGUAAAAUGUCAGAAUUCUCUUGUAAUCCAGGUAUGCAAAAAUAUGAGUUGUUUCUCUUGCUAUAGACCUUGUUACGGUUUUCGACGCCAUCUUGACGAGUAGGCAAACGUGGGAGAAAUUACAGUGUUUGUAUGAGAAUCCAAUGUCGAUUAAAUUCCUUUAAACGGCUGUUCUGAAAAAAAUUUCAGUUGUAAACUUAAGCUACAAAGCAAAGGAUUAUCCUAAAUUUUUUGGGAGUGUACCCAGACGACGAUCGAAUAGUAUCCCAUGAUGCACCUCGAUUCAUGUUAUAUUAUCACUGCGUACGUGACACAUUAUGAUCAGUAACCUUCAGCACGCGCGAAGUGAACAUCGAUCGCAGUGCUCGAUGUGGAUGGUUUCCAAACAUGUUUCGGUUCAGCAGCUUCUGCUUUUGAGAUUAUCGAGUUGGCUAAUAUUCACUGUGCUUUAAAGGAGAAUUUCAGCGUUGCUUUGACUGAGAAGGGUUUUACAUGUAUUUCACUGAUAUGCCGAGAACUACUUGUGCCGCGCUCGGUCGCACUGUAAACACAAAUUAUAAGACUCGCAAUUGAUAAGCUUCGCUAGGUUCAGUAGGAGAACCCAGGCCAGAGGAGAACCAAAACUAUGACUGAUCUAUAAAGUGGUUCCAACAAAACAUCCGCUACGCUGUGAAGCUAAUUACCAAAGGAUAAUUUAUUACAGCAUCGCGCUCAAAGGAGCUGAAGUUUACAAUGGCAGUUACAAAUAAAAUUUAACCUAUCGAUGCGACAAACAAUUCUCUGAAGCACAGUCUACCCGGUACUGACUCAAGCAAUCUUCAAGGAAAUUUCCUGGCCAGAAUACUGAUCUGCUCUUUUGAAUAAAUAAAGUUUCUGCAUGAUGUUUCAUUUUCAAAUUCUGAGCAGGCUUCAGUUUACGUUGUGCCGGCUUGCAUGCUGCGUGGUUCCUUUCUUUGGGUUCUUUUCACACUGAAACACACCGUUAUACACCGCUCCUUCUUCGAAUUAAAAUAAUUAUAGUCAAAUUCCUUUUAAAAAUAACCUCUUUGAAAAUACAAAGUGAUUGCUUCGGCAUAAAGCGCUCUCAAAAGCGCCCAACAGAUUGUAGCCUUCAUCAGGCUUUACACAUAUAUUAUGACACAUGGCGUUGAAAUGUGAUAAAAGAUUCGAAAUUUCCGCCAUCUUUGGUGGACAAAAAAGUCUUCAAAAUGUGGGUACUUCUGGGUACUUCUUGGCCUGUACAAUAUUCAGGACUUCAUUUUACUGGCGUGAGGUCCACAUUUGUAAGAUUUCAACAUAUAUUCCAAAAAACCUUGAAUAUUCAUGACCUGGUUGUGGGUCACUGAACACUUUGUGAUGGGAAGACUAAUUGAAACCGUGAAAAUAAAUGUUUCUAAGUGGAAACUUCGCUCUUAAGCCAUUGCAAAUCGGAGAAAUCAUGUCAAAUAACGAAAUAAUGUAAUUUUUUUACUUUUACUGGAAAUCGCGUGAGAAAAAAGCCGACGAGAAAACGACCUUAUUUCAAGAAGGAAUCUGCUAUGACUGCGAUAUUGCGUGAUGCUUCUGGAAAAAUGCAUCAUGGGAUACUAUUCGAUCCUCCUCCGGAGUGUACCUAUGCUUAAAUUUCUCCAGAGGCUUGCUUUAGAUGUUCCAUAUAUUUGUCCUACAGACAAACCAUCCACAAGCAUCUGUUAGAAGACAUUCCCUUCACAACUCAAUAAAUACAGUACCACAAGUGAAGAGUAAAACAAUAUGUUUUUCGUCUCUCACCCAUAUUUUCGACCGUGUUAAACGGCCUUCAUCAGGGUCCUACAGACAAAUGUAAAGAAAAUUUUAAAAAGUGGUUCUAGGUCUUCUUGCUCAUGUAACGCCCUCAAUUUUUUUUCAGUAGCAUCCUUAGGAGUGAAGCUUUAGUUUACAAUUCAUAUUUUUUUCAGAACAGCCGUUCUACGGAAAUUAUUCCACAUUAGAUUCUCAAACAAACACUGUCAUUUCUCACGCGCUUGCCAACUUUUUUAAAACAGUUUUUAUUGAAUUAAAAACACGUUUUACAAUGUUAUUUGCCUACUCGUCAAGAGAUGGCGUCGAAAACCGUGACAAGGUCUAUUGCUCACAAGUACACUACUAUAUCUAAAGGGGGGAAGUGAUUGUUAGAUUAUUCAAAGGUACUUUUUCCUACAGGACUUGUUACCGUUUACGUUCAUACUAUACUAGUGUAUUAUUGAUAAUAGUAAAACUUAUUCGUGCCGAUAUCAAUAGUCUCUUAAUAGUCGCCAUUUUCAUCAGCGGUUAUAAAAAAAAAGAAUUUGAAUAAAUGAUAUGUGAAUAAUAAUUAAUAUAUAAAAAUUAAGAUGUAUCGAACACUUAAAUCAUAUAAAUUACUUUGGGUACUUUAACUGUGCAAACGGCAUGAAACCUACUAAAAACGAGUAAAAAAUUACAUCAAAUUACAUGCAUCGUAAGAGCUUUCUGGAAUGAAAUGUCUUUAGUGCCUUCUUAAAAAUGACAACUGAGGGGCUUCUCCAUAUCGCAGAAAGAAACAAAUUCCAAAGUUUGGGUGCAGCAAAAGCAAAAGAGCGAUCUCCUAAUGUGGUUUGAGUCCUGUCUCCACCAUACCAGUAAAACGUAUCUUAGUGGCAAAUAUUUUCAAAAAUAUGUACGAACAGGUUCUGCAAUAUCUUUCAUCGAAUUGCUAUAAAUGUUAACGUUCUAUUGACAUUCAAGUAUGUAGCUAAUAUUGUGAAUCUGUGAUAACGCCCUAACCAAGUUGCCUUGUGGGGGCUUGGAUGAGGUUUUUAAACCUCUUUGCUAUGGUUGAGGUUCCUGAGUAGACAUCCAGUAAUGAUGAUUACCUUGACGAGAGCCGUCUCUUAAGUACAGGUACUUCAAGUGAGGAUAGCGGAAUCAUUUUUAAAGACGUUUAUGCUCUCCAAGAUAGGUAGUCAUGAAGGUGCAUCUUCCCUGAGGAAGAAACGUCACAUAACAGUAAACAUUAUAUUAACAACGUACAUUUGUUUAAGUAGGUAAAGAAAUAGGUGUUAAUUUAUAGUGCGUACUGAAUCUUUUGUCAUAGCUUAAAAAAAGUGUAACUUUCCCGUUAUUGAUUUUCAGACUCUGUUCUUACUUCUGCCUUUAUCAAAGUUAUAGUUUCUUCAAAUUGCCAAGAUUUAACUGUUGAACAGCAAAGAACGAUAACUAAAGAAUUAGAGCAGUUGGUUCAUAAGUACCGAAGACACCAAGAUCUUUCGUCAUUGCCAUUUGAUAGUAGUGUAGCCCGCCUUACUAAGUAUAUCGAAAAGGCUUAUGAAGUGGCCGUAAUGAUGGUAAAAACAGGAUCUUUGAUUAUAACUGUGCAGUGCCCCACUCUGGAGAGUCUUGAAAGUCUGUGGAACGGUUACUGUUCUGGUUACCUUAAUGACGUUGUUGAGAGUUUCCUGGUGACUGAUGAACUGAAGAGAAAGCUGGGGUUGGACAAUGUCAGGUUGAAGACAACUAUAGAAGAAGAAAAUUACUUAAUUUGCAAGAAGGCGUUCAUGGAAAACUCAGGUUAGUUGGAAAGUCUCGAUAGAGCCUGUUUUGGGGAACAUGUAUUUUGGCUUGUCAGAUGUACCAAAAACAAAUAGAUCGCAAGUGGGUGAAAUUGUUGGCUGGAACUUUUUUUACUCGCGGCCCGUAGGUUUGAUAGUGCAAUAACCCACAAUCGGCGACAAAAUGAGUUGAGACACUUCGCCUAAAAGUGGGCUUUUUUACGUUUUAUGAACUUCAAAAGGAGGAAAUAUAGCUUUCCUCCCCCAUCCCCUCCGUGCAAUGUUGUGCCCUUGUUCUAGCUACCUAUAGAAAACAACAAACACUCCAACUUUGAAUGGAGGGGACAGGGGAGGGGUGCGGAUUCUUUUGUCCUCCGAAGUCACCCUAUUUAAGUACAAUGUCUCAACAAUUUUGUCGCCGAUUGCAGCUAAAUGUUACCGCCUUGGCUGUUCACAAUAACAAUUACGUAGGUGCUGACAUUUUUUCUACCAGGCCCUUGGCAUGUCGUGCACUACUUUACUAGUAAAUAAAGGGGGCAUUCAGAGACUAAUGGAGGUCAACAACAAUCAGUACAUGUCCCUAGUUGGAAGGAUUAGGCUGCGUGCAAACGGACGCAACAUUGUUGUCCACCAACUCCCAACAUUGUUGGAUGUUACAUGUUGCACACCCUGUUGUAUGUUCUUGGAUGUUGUUGUGUGUUGUUGUGCAAAGUUUGAAACCGGUCAAACUUUUCAGCCGACAACUCCCAACAUUUCUUUUGUUCCGUGAUCGCCGAAGCGUAGCACAACAAUGUUGGAUCCAUUUGCACAGCUCUUCCAACAUUGUAGGGGCCACCCACGCUCAUUACGCAUGGUUUACAAAGACUUAUGGGUUGUAUCCUUCCCACGAUGCACUGUAGGUCCCAACAUUGUUGGCGCAACAAUGUUGGGAGUUAUUGCGUCCGUUUGCAUGCAGCCUUAGGAUUGCAGUGGAGGGAGCAUCUUCUCAAAGUACUCGUCACUCGUGUUCUUGUUCCUGUUUCAUCUGACUCAGCUGCACAGCUUAUGUGGCGUGCACAACGGCCUUUCUUCCCACAGCUACAGAACUUUAGAAAGUAGAAAUUUAAAUAUAAAGAAUGACUAGAAAGAGCCGUAUUGUUAUUUAUACCUGAGACAAAUCGGAAGUGCCAUCUGUUUGAGGAGGACAUCGUGAAUUAAACGAUCAUUAAAGCAUUCCCCGAGGGUGUCCGCUCGAGUUCUACAGGCAGUUACAACUGGUAUCUUGUUUUUGACAUAUUUUUACUAGGAGUAGCAAGUAUCACCGAAACUUCAUUUCAAACAGUUGAUUCAGGUCAGGUAGAAGAUACAAGGUGGAGUGAAGCAAGCUCAGAUGUUGAGAAAGUAAGA